AUGGAAAACGUCUGCUCCAAGCUGUUCGCCAUCGUGCGCUGCGUCUGCGUGCUGACCGUCUUGAUCCUGCCUCUCGAGUACAUCAUCUACAACGACUUCUGGGGGCUCACCGAGAGCCCUUUCGCCUGGUGGGCUGCCCUCCGCUUCAUCCAGUGGCAAAUUUUGCUAAACGUGCUCGCCAUCUGCUGGGCCAGAUGCGUCGAGCCGGGCAGCGUCACGUCGGCGCGGCUGGUGCUGGAGAAGCCGUUGCUGCUCUUGUUUGAAAAGCUGUUCUCAGAUGUGGUGGUCGGCUACUUCUACCUGUUCACCUCCAUCUUCAUCACCCGCCGAGUCCCCUCCUGGGCCGACCUCUUCCACUAUACGAGCACAAUCUGGCUGUUCAUCAACAUCAUCGGCAGUUUCUUGGAUGUGCUUGGCCAGUUUGUCCGCCUGGCCUGCGUCGACGAGGAUGACGAGUUGUUCAACCAUGUCGCCCCGCAGGAUCGGACAUUCAAGUCUCGCCUAAUCGCCCUGAUGGGAUCUGGGAGCUGGCUGUGGCAGUUGAGCAACUUCAUCGUCCCCUUUUUCGACUACCAGAAGCGCUCAACAACCGACGGCUCGUUCGAAGUC